AUGAAGGUGGGUUAUGGUAAACUUAAUCAGGUGGUGACUCCAACUGCAACUGCUGUUCCAGACGUGAUUUCAUUGCUUCAGCAAAUUGAUACGUAUCCUGGUAUUGGUGGUCCUGAUCCCCAAGGUGCCUUCGACCCCCGUGGAGCCCUCGAUCUCCCCGGCGCCCCCGGCCCCCGGAGUGACCCCCAUCCCCGCAGCCCGCAGACUCCGCCGGCCUGGGCCCGAGCAAAGCGCUUCCUCCAGCUAGCUGCUCCGCCCCCUGCUCUGCUGGGAGGAGGCCUCCGGGACAGCGGUGCCACCAGGGCCUUCUCCAAAAGGAUCCUCAAGUGGAGGCUUGUGGGGGAGGGCUACAGCAGCCAGCUGCCCGCAGACAAACAGAGGUACAUCUUCAGACUGGCCUUCCGGAUGUGGAGUGAGGUGAUGCCGCUGGCCUUCCAGGAGGACCUGACCGGCCCCGCUGUCCAGGUUGACAUCAAGCUGGGCUUUGGAAGAGGCCGCCACCUGGGGUGUCCGCGGGUUUUCGAUGGGAGCGGCCAGGAGUUUGCCGACGCCUGGCGCCUAGGCGAUGUUCACUUUGACGACGAUGAGCACUUCACCCCUCCCGCCAGUGACACCGGCAUCAGCCUUCUCAAAGUGGCCGUCCAUGAAAUUGGCCAUGUCCUGGGCUUGCCUCACACCUACAGGACAGGAUCAGUAAUGCAGCUGAAUUAUAUUCCCCAGGAGCCUGCAUUUGAGCUGGACUGGUCAGACAGAAAAGCCAUUCAAAAGCUAUAUGGUACCUGUGAAGGCUCAUUCGAUACUGCAUUUGACUGGAUUCUCAAAGAGAGAGACCAAUACGGAGAACUGAUGGUGAGGUUUAGCACGUAUUUUUUCCGCAACAGCUGGUACUGGCUUUAUGAAAUGAAAAACAGGACACGCUCUGGGGAUCCUAUCCACAUCCCCAUGGGCUGGCACGGGAUCCCAGCACAGAACAUCGAUGCUUUUGUCCACAUUUGGACGUGGAGAAGAGAUGAACGCUAUUUUUUUGAAGGCUCACAAUUCUGGAGGUUGGAAGUCCUAAUCAACACGUAA